AUGGAAGCCCUCAAAAAUCUGAUCGCCAAUGUUCCCGACUGGCUCAAGAAGCUCGACGAGCUCAACGGCCAGAUCGAGCAACGCCAAAUUGAGCUGGCCAAGCUGACCGAGGAGAACAAGGGCAGCUCACCCGGAGACGGUGGCUCCGGCGGGCCCAAGUCUGUCCGAAACAAGGGGUCAACCGAGUCGCUCAAGCCCCGAGACGAGCCCGAGGCUCACCCACUCGCCACGCCACUACAGCCCGACGACGCCAAUGCCGCCGAGACGGCCGCCGCCGCCGCCGCCGGCGCGGCAGCAGCCAAGGCUAGCGCCGAACAGCCCGCACCCGCCAGCCCGUCCGACUCGCAGUCCCCCUCAACGCUGCAACGGCAGGCCAGCCAGAUGCGUGCCGCCGGCCAGGCCCGCGCCCGGGCGACGCUCCGCAAGCGUCAGCGGACCGACUCGGUCAUCAGCGCUGAGGGCGCCGCGCCGAAGUACCGCACCCGGACCAUGAUAAUCGUAUACUACGAUAGCUACGUGCAGAGCUUCUUCGAGGAGCUCGUCAAGUUUGUGAGCGCGGGGCGCAACAUGAUGCGCAAGGCCAAGAUGGCGGCAAAAGUCGCCCAGAUCAAGCGGCUCGCCGAACUGGAGAUGCCCAACGACGACGACGAAGACGCAGGCGAUAACGCACCCAACCCGCCCGCACCAACCAUCACCACCACCGCCGCACCAUCACAACCACCACCAACAACCACCACCCCCACUCCACCACCUAUCCUAGCAGAAGAACACGCAAUACACUACAUCAGCGCCCGCCGCGCCGGCCCCCGCGCCUUCAUGCACCUGACCUCGCGCAACCCACGCUCCUCCCGCGGCGGCGGGCCCGGGUCUACUAACGGCGGCGGCGACGUCUACGACGAACUCGACCGCAACCUCGAGUACGUACAGUCCAUGUGCGAGCACGCGGCGCACCAGUUUUUGCGCGACGGCGACUGCGCCGAGGAGGUAGCCAACAUCCAGCGGCGGCUGGCUGAAACCAAGGAGCUUGCCGACAGAGAAAUGGAGCGGGUCAAGAGGGAGGACCCGGCCGCGCUGGCCAAGUUGGAGGGAGGUGGCGGCGGCGGGGAGGAUGACGGGAUGCGCGGGAGGAGUUAUCGGCCGCAGAGUAUGCGGAGGGAUGUGGUCAAGUCGGCGGGGAAUGCGACUGCGACUACGGGAGUAGGGAGUGGUGGGGGUGGUGCGCUGACGGCGGCGGCUGCGGGCCCGCUGGAGGUAGAUGAGGGGGUGGAGGAUGUGGAUGCGCCGCCGCCCAAGCUGGUGUACAAGAGUACGAGGUUGAUGCGGUGA